CAAACACCUCCCUUCUCUGCUCAUCUAUCUCUCAGCGCCAACAAAAAUGUCCCAAGAAGCCGCUUUCAGCUUCCUCCCAUUGGGAGCCAUCAUCCAAGAAUUCCGCAUCGCGGACCAAAACAUCGUCCUCGGCUUCAGCACCCAAGAGCAAUACGACAAAUACAACACGCCGCAUUUCGGCGCCACCAUCGGCCGCGUCGCGAACCGCAUCAAAGGCGCUGUUAUUCAUAACCUCAAUGGCCGCGAUUACUCACUCCCCAAGAACAAUGGGCACAAUUCGAUCCAUGGAGGUGAGAAGGGGUGGGGACAGAGGGUUUUUGAUGGACCGCAUACGGUGAAGAGGGAUGGAAAGGAUGCGUUGUUGUUCAAGUAUCUGAGUCGUGAUGGGGAGGAGGGUUACCCUGGGACUGUGGAGUUGAGGGUGUGGUAUGCGGCUGGGAAGGAGGAUGUGAAUGGGGCGAAUCCGAAGACGGUGUUGACGGCCGAGUAUGAGAUUGAAUUCGUGGGUGAUGAGUGUGAGGAGACGGUGGUCAACCUUACCAACCAUAGCUACUUCAACAUCGCCGGUGCCCCCACCGUAGAAGGCACUCAAGCCCAGCUAGCCACCAACGACUAUCUCCCCCUCGACGGCACCAGCAUCCCAACAGGCGAAAUCACAAAAUUCCACAAAGACGUGACCAGUCCCUUCGGACUCGGCCCCUCAGAACCACACAUCGACGACGUCUUCGUGAUGGAAAGCGAUCCCUCCAAGAUCGCCCUCGACACGCGCACUCAACCCCUCAAACGCCUCGCCCAGUUCCACCACCCAACCACCAAGCUGCAUCUCGAAGUCCACAGCACCGAGCCAGCCUUCCAGCUCUACACGGGCAAAUACAUCGACACACCGCAGGUGGAGGGGGCACCGGCGCGCAGAGAGGGCGCAGGGUUCUGUAUUGAGCCGAGCCGGUUCGUUAACGCGGUUAAUGAGCCGGGAUGGCGGUCUAUGGUUGUGCUGAAGCGGGGACAGUUGUUUGGGUGUAAGAAUGUGUAUAAGGCGUGGAAGGCAUGAUUUGCUUCGUUGUUGGGCCCUGUUUUCAGGGUCGCCUGACUCAUAUUUACUCAUUUUGAAUAUCCAUAUCCACCAGAUCCACAAUGAAGACCUUUUCGGGCCGUUUUGCGUCUUUUCAUAAAUCUCGCAAUCUCAGCUGACCGGAUUAUGUUCUCGAAUCCGGCAAUGCUUCUAGCGCUCCGAAACGGUGGUUACCGGUAUUUUUUUGGUAUUGUAACUUACGUAUUUAACGGCG